AUGAAAGGUGAACAGUUGAAACUUCUAAGCAGUAACAAUCUGAUAGUGUCCAAUGAUCAUCAGCAUAAACUUAAAACGAUCGGUAACCACAGAGAUGGUGAAUACAACCUUGUGAUUCAAAACUUUUCUGCAAAUGAUCAAGAUCUCUACAGGUGUCAAGGAAUCGUAAAAGAGACAGCUUUUGCAGCAGAUAUAAUGACAGUCUUAGCAAUGAGUCCAAAUAUAAGCAUUGCAGUCAAACCUUCAGCCGAUAUCUUAGAAGGAAAUAGAAUUAGUCUAGAAUGUAUUGACAGCAGUAAUGUGCCGUCGAAGAACUACUCAUGGAAGCGUGAUGGAUCAUUACUUACAGAUGCCACAAGCUAUGUAUUGGAAAUAAAUAAUGUUACUAAAAAGGAUUCAGGAAUCUAUACAUGUCGUGUACAAAACAUGAUUGGCUCCUCAGGUUCUAGCGUUAGAUUGAAUGUAUACCGUAAGAACAAUUCCUCUAUCAACUCAAUAACCGUAUACAAAUUUGAUAUAUUCCGAAACGAUGUUUAA